CGCAUUUUAAUUACACUGACUGUUUGUUGGGGCGUUGGAGACGGUCGGCUUCCAUAGUUGCUGCAAAUACUUUUACUCGCUGUUUUCGAGCUGUUUUGAAGCAUUAGAAAAAUGCCUGAACCUACAAGGACCGGUGGGCAAAGUUUGACCGAAAUGAAAUCAAGAAGAUACUCGGAACCGGCCAUGGGUAGGCGAAGUGUUCGUCGUCCCGAAGAUAUACAACGCGACGUUCGUGGCUUGAAGCUUCGACAGCGAGUUUCUUUGGUCUUGAAGGACGACUAUCUUCGACACGAAUUGGAAGAUACUGUAAGGAAACAUGGCGACGAAAGCGAAGAACUCGCUUCUGUGAGAACCUACCAAGAUUUUCUCGUUCCUACAAGCAAUUAUUACGGCGCUAGCCCUGGCAUCUCGGCUGUGCAUCCCAUCAACGAUAUACGAGGAACAGACACGCUCAAUUAUACAAAAAGCGAACGAGUUCUCCGCUGCAAGCUAGCUUCAACAUAUCGUCUUAUAGAUCAUUUUGGCUGGACAGAAAGCAUUUACAAUCACUGCACGGUAAGUAUGAGUUGGUCGUCUGAUCUGUGACCUGCUUUCCAAACGCGUGAAGUUUGUUUAUAUGCGGAGAUGAAACUUAGGUCAACAACAUGUCUGCUUAUAUAUUGAUUCGGUUUUAGACCGUUGUUUCGACUGCUAAAGUGCUAUAAACACCAAAAUGCCCAAAUAUGUUGUCCUGGCAUUUGUGUUACGAUAUUUCAAAGUUAUUGAAUGUAAUGCCCAAGUAAAAGUGAAAAAAAAACCUCGAAGGAAAUGUGUCGAUUUUCUAGGUCCGGUGUCCCGGAGAGCGCGGCCAAGGCGAAAGUUUCUUGAUCAAUCCACAUGGGUUGCUCUAUCACGAGAUUACUGCUUCUGGUUUGGUGAAAAUCGACAGCGAAGGAAACACUCUGGAUCCCGGCAGUACAAACUGUGGUAUCAACAAAUCUGGCUUUGUCAUACACUCCGCAAUACAUCAGAGUAGAAAAGAUGCGAAAUGUGUUAUUCACAUACACGAUCCUGCUACUGUGGCCGUAAGUAUUAAGCGAUCUCUCAUUAAUUUUGCAUAGCUUUAAACUAUCCAACAUUUAGUGCAAACCUGAACAUAUGUGCAAGCUAUUUGCGAAACUAAACUACUCCGAAAUUUCGAUCUAAAUCCAGACCAUAUGUUACAUUUCAGUCUUGAAAAAAUGUUCCAGUCGCUACGAUAAUGUAACAUUAUACAUCGUGAAUUGAAAAUAACAUUCUAGAAUUGUUUAUGUACAUUGCUAAGUGUUCUGUGCUAUUCGGAUUUUACAGAUCUUGCAUUCCGAGUAAUAAUUUUGGGCGCAAUUUCUUAUGGCUUCCUACGCGUGGUCACAAAUCACAAGCUUGGUUGCUAUUGUAUUUUGUCUCAAAUUGUCUGUACGGAAAUAAUUAUACCCCACUGCGAAAAAAAUACUGUAGCUAUGAUCUUUUGGUUAUCAUAAAUUGUUCUUUUAUGCUGAAAUAGUGCUACAACGCGAUGAAAGUGUGGAAGCCUCUGCUGUUCUUUGUUUACAUUGUAACAUUUCCAGACCAUGUGUAAAAAUUUAUGUCGAUUUCAAUAUAUUGAAAUUGGAAUCGAUGUCGAUUUCAAAAUUUGGAAUUUAGUGUUGAUUUCGCUUGGGAAAUUCCAUGUCAAUCAUAUGUAGAUUCCGAUUCGAAUUUGUUUUAGUGUCGUUGGCGCUGUAGUAGACUCCUUCUAGAAUAACUAAUAAUAGAUAAUCCUCCUUAAAUCAUGCUGAGAAAAUAUAAGUUUUAUGACAUUUGAAUUGUUUAUUUAGAUAUUUACAGUAUCUAACAACUUUGAAAACGAAGUCUGUUAUAUUUUAACUGUCAGAUGUAUACAUAUAAAACUAAGCAUAUUUUGCCAGUUGUUGGUUGGCAUUAGGUUUUAUAUAAAUUUUUAAAUAUGAUGUAGUUUUGCUCCAUCAAGCUCAUUAAAAAUUAACUCCAACAUCAUCUGUUAUUCUGUUUUUUGGAAUAUAUUUUAAAGCCCUUUGGCAUGUAUGCUUAAAUAAAGCAGUCCUGCCUGUGUUCAGUGUUGGAUUUGUGCUUUUUGAUAAAGAAAAUCUUUAUAAAUAUUAAAGACUGUUAGAACCUUCAAAAUCGGACAAAAAAGUAUUCCCUGUUUCUCAUCAGUGCCCACAUUAUGAAAUUGUUAAACACACAUACUUUCUUUGAGCCCAAAAUUGACUAGAGAAAGAUCCAAAGUACUGUUAAUAAACUAGUUUAUAUUUAUGUUCGUUUUUGCUCACUGUUGCCUUUAUCAAAAAUAUUUCUCAUUCACAAACUGCAUGUGCCGCAUUUGCUUUUUAAAAAAUUUCAGAUGAGAAACUGAGAAUUUGUUUUGCUAAACAGAUGUCAAUAUGUUGACGCUUCAAAACUAAUGAAGUGUUAUUUUCUGCUGGCUGAGGAACGAAAGAGGCAGAAAAUGUUUUUCUCACACACUGCUGGGGGAUUGGGUCAAGGGUGGGGUCAAGGUCAUCAGACUCACUUUUUUGCUUGCCUCGUGCUAGCCUGACCUGUGUCCCACCCACCCACCCUAUUGGCAGGUAGUGCCUAGUUAUUAUGCAGUUGCAGUAGUGUGCUAACUAGAAUUGGGUUUAGUCCAACACGUGAUAAUUAGUGAGUUGCAGUUUGUACGGAUCCGUUUAUUGUAAAUAUGAGAUAUUUUUGUUGAUUAAAGGUCAGGCUGCCUUGCGUGUGCAGCAUCCCUCAGCUGUGUGUGAGAAAGGGGGGUUACAAAAUUAUUGAUAUGCUGCAAUAGCCUGGUUGGCUUAUGACAAGCCCUGUAGUGUUGUGUAUUCAGGGGAUUUACAUAUAAAACCCAUUGAGUUGCAUUGUGCCCUACUUUAUUAUUUUACUCUGUCAAACGCCAGAUGAUUUUAUUCAUCAAGGGAGAGCAUUGGUGCUAAUGGGUUAAUGAUUAUUUUUCUGUGUUUAAUUAAAUAGGUUGCAUCAAUGAAACAAGGUUUAUUGCCACUUUCAAUGGCAUCAGCUACUGUAAGUAUCAAUACAGAUGAGGUGUGGUAGAAAGGCAAUGCAUGAACAGAGUAUGAAUUAGCGGCUUGCACUUUGCAAUUUAUUUACAAAGAAUUUCUUAGAUUUUGUGCAGCCACUAGCUUCUCACAUUGACUGUGUAGUAAUAAGACUAACCAUGUUUUAUUAAAUGAAUAUUUUGGGGCCAUCAUCAUCAAUGGCUGUAGAUGAUCUCUGGAUAAGUGGAUAGGGACAAAAUAUCCAUUUAAUAAUAAAUCAAAUCACAUCAAUAGGACUUCCUAUCUUUUUGCAAUAAUGAAUAAUAAUAAAUGUAAUAUGUUCACAGGGCUUGAAACUUGCGGUAUCCUGAUAUCCACAGGAUAUCAGAUUUUAAUUUUGGAUACUGGGUAUCAUAAGCUCAGUAUCCCAACUGGAUACUAGGAAAACUUAGAAAUUGCGAUAGUAGAUAAUCAUCUAGACGUUUGGCAUGUUUCCGAACUUCAAGGUCUACGGAUUUUGGCAGAUUGUUUAAAAAAAAAAAUUUCACAAACGGUGCUUUCUUUUGUAUCGCUGCAGUGUGUUAUUUUCAAUUUUUUCGAAUUUCAAUAUAUAUUUUUAUUAUUGAAACUGAAGGCCUGGUUUCAAGGUAAAAUUUUGCCUUGCUUAGAUAGUGGAAAUAGAAUAUCUAGUAUGCAGAUCUGGGUUACUAUAUUUCAAGGAUGGAUACUAGAUUAUAUGAUGCUGGUAUCCACUUGGAUACUGACAAAAAUUUCAAGUUUUGAGCCCUGAUGUUCAGAAGUUGUAGGUUCAAUUUUCCUGUUACAGGUAAACUAUGUGAAGCAUUCCUCUUUUGACUUUGUAACUCAUUUGGAAUUUUCCUCAUUAGCUUUGCAAAUUUGAAAAACUCUUUGCAAAUCCCUUGAGGGAAUUUGCAAUGUUCUUAUCGGCUGUUGCAAUAUUCCAAUGCAAACAAACUUCAUUUUAAAUUUCCCUAUUUUCCUGUUUUAAUUUUCUGACUUCCUGUUCUGUUCUGAGUGUUGUCAUUGGUUGAUUAUUUUUGUUAGCCAAUUGCAACGCCCAGAACAGAACAGGAAGUUAGGAACUUGUAACAGGAAGUUUAGAACUUCUAACAGGAACUGAGGAAAAUUUAAUUGGCUUUUAGCAACCUUGCAAAUUUCCUCAAGGGAUUUGCAAGGGAGUUUUUUAAAUUGCAAAAGUAAUGAGGAAAAUUGCAAUCAAUUUAGAAACUCAAAAGAGGAACGCUUCAUGUAGUUUACCUGUAAUAAAAAGGUUCAAGCUUUUUUUUGCUACUAACUUUAACUUUCUAAGAUUAAGGUUUGGCAUGAAAUCUGAGUUGCUUUUUUUUUUAAAUACGGUGCAAAAAAGGUGAAAUACAGUGCAAAAAAAAUGAAAUACGGUGCAAAAAUGAAAUAUGUGCAAAAAGUGAAAUUAAUACAAAAAACCCAAACAUUACAAGUGACAAAAUUUUCUAAUAAAAUUGUUUAUAUUAAAGUUAUCUAUUUCGCAUGUGACCUACGCAUGGACAUGACUGCAUAAUUUUUUCAAGUAUAUUAUUAAUAAGUUAUACCGGUAGUAGUAUGGUUUCUCAUGGAAUUUGGAAAAACAUCUUGUGUGUUUUCAGAGACUUCAAAUUCACACAAUUUUGAUUGUCUUUGAAAAACUCACUUCUGCAUGUUUUCCCCCAAAUUGCACUUGAAACCAUACUAUUUAUUACCUAAACGAAUAGUUUGAUUUUUAAUAAUAAUUUAUUAUAAUGCAAUAUUCUGUUUGGGUAUUAAUUUGAUAUAUUCAAUAGCAUAGCAACAUCACAUGCAAUCCCACAUGUCCCACAGGAGAAGCUAGCAGGAUGCAAGACAUCUAAAUUUAUCAGCCAAUAAUGCCAAUUGGAGAAUGAGUUGAUAGCUGUAUCCGAGGAAAUUUCCUCAAAGUUUCACUAAAAAUUUUCAGGAAAAUUUGUGAAUAGAUUUUUCUUCUAUAAUUCACUCAGGUCACCAGAUUUAUUUGGAGUAACAGGUAAUUGGUAAAUUUUUAACUUAUUCUAGCUUGGUCCUGUCUCGUACCAUGACUUUGAGGGAAUCUCUGUUGAUCUUGGCGAGAGAGAGAGAAUUCAAAAGGAUUUCCCUCCCGAAUCCAAGGUAAGGCAAAACCUACAAUAGACCUUACCAUUUAUUGACGUUUGACUCAAUGGCCUCGUUUUUGUGUCAGGUAUUUAGUUGUGUUUCGUGCACAAUAGAGUUGAGAACGUACUUGUUAUUGGGCUUAAGAUCAACAAGGAACCAAAUUGUGAAGGAAACAUGGGAAUGUAACCUUUAUUGUACACUAUCCUGUUAAUAUGUUAAUUAUGCAUGAAAUACAUCAUUAAAUUUAUUGUAAAUAUGAUGUUCAGCUUUUCAAAUAACCCUCACUACAGGGAUGGAAAUAAGGGAAACGAAUUUGACCGGUAAUUUUUACAAAUUUGACAAGGCAAAAUAUUUGACCGGUGUUUUUUUAAAAGCAAAAAAUCAUGGCAUCAUCAGUGGUAAUGGGGGGAGGGAGCUACAUUAGAAAAUGCCUACUGCCUCCUGUAAAAAUUUCGAACGAUCGCUCAUCUUCAGACAUUCGCGCAAAGGAAUGCUUCAACGGAUUGUUCUCUGGUAUUCUAUUGACAACUUGCUUGCGAUAGUUUUCCCCAUAACUGAUCACUGCUCAUAAUCAAUCACAGUGACAUGUGGUACACUGGUAUUAUGUUCUUUAACUGCACUUUUCUGCCAGUUAACAGUUAACACUCCCUUCUUUCACAAAUGUAUCAUUAUAGUUUCUUGUUGAAACAAUACUUUCUCGCCAUUUUGAACACGUUUUACAGAACAUGCGAUUGUCUUUAAUUUCAAGCCAUUUAAACUCAGUUUUCCACCUUUGAAAAGUUCCUGGUUUUGGAAGUUUGUUCGCCAUUAUGUUGCGAAAAAAUUGCUAAUUCCCGCCAGUGAUUCCCGCCCUUUUCAGGACGCAAGCGCCUGCACGCUCAAUAUCCAGCGGAAGAUACAUUUUAGUGCACCAUAUAGUUCUGAUUUGUAAUCACAAGAAAAUUCAAGAUGGCGCUUCGAAAAACACUAGUAUCGAAAUUAAGCAAGGGUUCAUUAUGGAUUUUUCUUUUACCCUUGUUAAAAUUAAUCGAUUUGGUACGUACAUACUUCCGUUUAAUUCCCUGAGACUCGUAAUGACCAAACUUCUUUAUUUCUAUGCAAUUUUCCACUCAGUAAACUAUACGAAACCUGUUUGCGAUUUACUUUACUAUUGACAUAUCUAUUUGGCCGGUGAUUUAUCUAAAUUUGUCCGGUAAUUACCGGUCACCGGCCAUUAUUUCCAUCCCUGCACUAUUAAGUCUCCUAUGCCCUAAGUCAUCCCAUCAAUUAAGCCCUCCCCCUGCUCCUUAUCCCCCUUUCUCCUGAUCCUCCCCCUUUGCUACUAAAUUCCCCUACGUCCCAUGUAGAGUCACAACAAAAAUGUGUUCCUACUGAUUAGUUAUUUUUUUAUUAGAUUAAUUAUUGGUUGGUUUAUUAAUUUCACCAGGAUUUUUUCUGUUUUGUUACUUCCCGUAUUUCAGCUAAAUAAAUAGACACCAUCUCUCUGUUAAGCCCCCCACCUCCCCUGGCAUCAAACUUGCCUUUAAAUUGAAUUCAAGUAUUCACAGUUGACCACCUACCUUUAACUAUUGCUCUAGGUUUUGUUUCUCCGCAAUCAUGGUAUAGUAUGUGUGGGCGAGACACUGGAAGAAGCAUUUAUUCUCACAUUUUACACUGUAAAAGCUUGUGAUAUCCAGGUAUGCUUUUUACAAUCUGGAAAAGGACAAUAACAAACCUCCACAUGUAGUGCAAUACUUAUCCAAUAUGCAGAAAAUUUUGCAGACACUUAUAAGUUCCCAUUUCAGUUAUCUUAAAAAUUGAAAUUGCAUUCCUAUAUGCAUAAAUUACUUGAAUAAUGAAAUUUGUAUUGAUUUCUGAAAACCAGAUGUGCUAUGUAACGGGUUUAGAAUCAAAGACUAAGCUUAUCGCCACCAACUUUUUCUGUAGGUAAAAGCCAUGGUUGCUGGUGUUGAUAACCUUGUUUUGCUUAGUAAUGAUAUGCUAAAGAAAGUUCAUGAAUGUGAAGAUGGUGACACAAAAGCGUCAAAUGCAAAGUUGACUUUUGGAAUGAGAGAGUUUGAAGCUUGGAUGAGAAUGCUUGAUGCACAGGUAGUAAAUUUUAUUAUAAUUAUGGCUGCACAGAACCUGGUUAUAUAUUAAAGACAUUAAUCAAGUGAAGCUAAAUAUCUAAAAUCUUUUCUAAAACAUUGCAUUAAAAUACAAUAAAAAUAUUAACAUGAAAAAUGCUUGUAAAUUCAACUUGAUAGAGAAUUGAAUCCUCCAUCCUUUAAAAAGUUAACAUGAUACUAGUGCUAGGGGCUUGCCGCUCACAACUUAAUGUUGUAUUUUCAUAAUUUAAUAGUAUUGUCAUGAUUUAGGGACACAGAACAGGCUAUGUCUACCAUCAACCUGAUAUUUAUAACAGGACAGUCCAGCAACCAAAAUCUGAAGCAAGAUCUCCAGCAACAAUGACAUCCUAUCGCUAUGAAAUCCUUCAUGGGGACAACAAGACCACCCCAGCUAGACGUGCAAGGUCUCAAGGCAAAGGCAAUACUUACAAGAAUCGUGCCAAGUGGUUAAACUCUCCUGUGAAGGGCACAGAGUAUAGGAAAGAGUUUAUUACUGAUAGCCACACAGAACCUGCCAUUUUAAAAGAUAGCAAACCUGAGAAAGAAACAGUUGUGAAAAUUUUGGAGGUAAAUUUUUAAAUUACCCUUGAAUUUCCCCAGCCUUGCUCUGACAAAAGCCAGGCAUUGUCCAGGAGAACAUAUAACUUCCAGCAAGCCAAGGCUCUUCACCUUGGCUUUUUGAAACGCUGAGUGUACCGCUAACCCUUUGUUUUUAUUCUGAUUUCAAAAGGAAUCGAAAGGGCCAGCACAUAAUGAAAAAAUUGUCCAGGAGAACAUUACCUCCAGCAAGCCAGCUGCACAGGUGAUGAGUGAGAUUCCCCUGGAGAGCAUUUUCAAUGAUGAGCUGACCAACGACUCUGAAGUGUUCGUCGAGAAAGGAUCAAAUGGUGGCGAGACCAAAGAGACGAAACCCGGCGAAACGGUGUCAUCCACAAGCACUAGAGUUGUGACGACCAGUCGUACUGUGGUGAAAAGUGAUGGUGCCCCAGUGACGACAGUUGAGAAGAAAGUGAUUGUGAAUGGUGAAGAGCAGCCUGUCGAUAGUAAUUUACUCAGUCCACCCGCCGUUGAUGUCGAGGUCGAAGAAAAGGAAGAUGGCAGUGAAGAAGGUAAGUGAUUACUCAUUGUCGACAAUAUUUACUUCCGGAAAACCCGUAGUCCUGGACAAGUCACAAAAUCAAAUUUAUAAUAAAGAAAUCGGCUUAUGUAAAAUUAAUAUAACCAGGGGCGAUGCUAUACUUCUUUGAAUUAUGGAGGGGGAGGUGUAACUGAAUUUUGCCGAGUUAUCAAGCUAUAUUUUGCCGAGUCGCUGCAACCACUAAUUAAUUAUUUUUUUCCAAAAUUUGUUUGGGGAUAGCGGCGGCGGAACAUAAAAAAGGUUUUCCAGAGAACAUAUUUCUCAAUCCUAUUCUGUGUUUAACGAUCGUUCUUCGUUUCAUUUCCUCCUAAUUUUUUGUAAAUUUCUCCACCUUUUAGCUAUCAUUCUUAAUUUUUAAUCGGUGUCACUCAAAUAUUUUUUUUCGUCCUACCCAAAUCCAUGUUUUUCCGACUGCGAUUCAAUAUUUUGCCGACUACCUCAUGACUGGGGGUGUUAUACCCCCACACACUCCCCUUAGCGCCGACCCUGAAUAUAACGUCACAAAUCGGUUGCUGAGACUAUCUUACCUCGCCUAUAUUUUGGAGAAUUUCAGAUGUGUGGAGCCGGGGGCGCAUUCCACCAUAAUCUCGUGCUCAAUAAAGUAUGUAUAGAUAGACGUUUGCGUCACUUGACUAAAUAUUGGCGGAAUCCUGAGUGAAAUGGUUGCAUUGCCUUUCGAUUGACAAUAAUUGGUGUGAGUUCAUCAGGGAGAGUGUGGCAAAAACUGAAACUCGCUACAAAUAUGAUUUUCUUUCAUUCUCGAAGGUGACAAAGGUGAAGGUGAAAAGGAAGAAGGCGAAGGAUCUGGAGGCAAAUCACGACAAAAAGUUAAGAAGAAGAGAAGCUUUAAAAAAUCUUUCCAAGGAAUUAUGAACAGAAAAAGCAAAUCAGAUAAGGACGACGACGACAAGAAAUAAACUUAAUUCUAUUUUGCCGCAUUCUGACUCGCGACUGAGAGCUCUUGUGUCGUGAAGCGACUGAGGUGUAUUACUAUGAGGUGUAUUCACCUUUUGCUUAAUCUGUGCAUUAUGGAAUAUCUGUGUUGGGGGAGGGGGGAGGGUAACUAUAUGACUAUAUUUCAGUUUGUUUAAGUAGAAAGAAUGUGUAUAAGUGUCCAAAGUAUUAAAAGUAAGUAAUCUGUGCAUAAUGCAUACAUUCUCUGUUAAGGGGGUAACUAUGUAUAAUUAUAAGACUCCAAAGCAAGUGGUUUCACAAAUAUGUCUAUAGAGUUAGUAUUUCAAUUUUUGACGAAUUUUGUUUAAUUAUAAGCAGCUCGGUUGUUCGAAAGCGUAUUAGCUUUAUCCUAUCCUAUAUCUUAGCAUAGAACUUAAACAUUGCUACAUAACAAAGAAAAUAGACAUUUUCACAAAUCCAUCACUCAAUCUGAGAUCAGUGGCUACACGCCAACAUGGCAGCCAUUUUCAGACAGUGCUCUGUAACCUUAAACAAACGAAGUGUAUAUUUUAAGUUUUUGUAAAACGUUAAUUGGUCUACAUCUUAUGAUGUGAACGUGAACUGUUGAACGUUAUAUUUUCCUUUAAGAUAAUAUGGAAUAUGAGUUAGUCCAUCACUACCAUCAGCUAGGUUUGCUUACCAUGUACCAAUUUUCCUUAUACCAGUUAUAUAGUAUUAAAUUUAGCACUGUAGUAUAAUAUUAAAAAUUUUAACUAUUGACUUAUGGUAGUUUUUGUCCAUAUUCAUGCUCACCGUCAUAGUAAAUAAAAUAUAUGGCAAUGGGUUAAUUUGAGACUCGAUGAAAGCAGAAUAAAACUCCUCUAUGUUGGUGUAGGUUUAUGCAUAAUUUUGCUCCUUUCUUGUCAUGUACUUAUUGCAUUUUGCACAAGCCAAUUGUUGAAGUCACUGAUGCUAAGCUGGAACAUCCGAGAUGGACCGAACAUAAGAUGGACUGACCAACGUUUUGCUGGACAACCGAUAAUGAGUUGUAUUGUGCUCCAAACCAUAUAUUACAUUAACUAUGGUUUGUACCACACGUCAUCUCAAGCCUCCCAGCUCUUUCUGUGCUGUGGUAGGUCGGUUACUAGGUUAGUACUGUGACUUAUGGUUGGUUUUUAAAUUCUUGAUAUGUAUGCUUUGAUCAAGUAUAUGUGACCGUCUAAACUCUUUCAAAUAACGAAAGACACCGAAUUCAUAUUCAAA